GGGAAAAUGGACGUAGAACAAAGCUUGCCCUGUUGCUCAGCUGUGAGCCAGAUUUCUUAUCUUCUGCUCGGUCGCCAUGACGCCUUCUGCUUUUUAUCUAUCCUAAGGACCUUUUCUUCCUUCUGCACGCCUCCUCUACUUACGAUCAACGACAGCCGAAAAAAAUGCCUUUUCCACGGCAUAUGCUUGGACCAUUCCUGGUCUCGAUCGGUUUGUCGACUGGAGGAUAUGCCGAAGCAGCCUAUACCUAUAGCUCGGCGACGGGAACAACGACCGAUGUCACAACCUCAGUCUACACCUCGCCCACUAGGACAUCGACCGGUAUCGAGACAUAUACUGUCCAAGUCGGAUCCAAGUCAAGCCCCCAGGCCUACGUCCCAAACAAUUUUACGGCCAACCCCGGCGACGUCGUCGUUUUCGAAUUCUUCCCGACAAACCAUUCAGUCGUGAAAGCCGACUUUGGCGCACCGUGUGUGCCAGCUAGUGAUGGUCUCUUCUAUUCUGGGAUGUUCAACAGCUUCAAUCAGAGUAAUGGUCAAGUUACUGGUCCGUUGCCGACCUGGUCAAUAGUUAUCAAUGAUACUAAGCCGACGUUUUUCUACUGUACUGCAAUUGGAUCAUGUCUCAAAAACGGAAUGGUGGGCGUGAUCAAUCCGAACUCUACACAGACUUUCGAGGAGCAGUACAAGAAGGCUCUUACUUACCCUUACAUGCUGGUUCCCGGCCAAGCCAUGCCCGCCGAGGGCACCGAGGGCGGCGGGCCAUCAACUUCUGGCACAUCGACGACCUCGAGCGCAACCACCAGCAGUGCCGCAUAUAAUGGAGGUGGUGGUGGUGGAUUAAGUGGCGGAGCGAUUGCCGGCAUUGUUGUCGGAGCAGUGGCGGGCCUUGCCAUAUUGGUCGCACUGUUCUUUGUCUUCCGUCGCAAGCGUGCACACUCACGGACCGAGCACCCCGACCGAUGGUCUUUAUUCAACAGCGGCAACAAUUACGAUGUCCCCAGGAGUGAAUUCGAUGGCAGUGCCGGUAGAGGUCCGGGUACUGAUGUCACAUCUGUUGGUGAACCAGAACCGGCGAUGCGUGAGCUCUCGACCGGUCCCGAAUCAGCGUCUGGGUUUGGUGGCUCUUUGUCUCGCCCUGAUUCUGGCCAAUGGAACUGGGACAACCCGCAAGCUUCGCGCACCUCCCGUGGUCCAACAGAAUUGGACGCCGACGCCGUGAUCUAUGAACUGCCGGAGGGUAGGGUCUCAUAG